CUUUUACAGCGUCCUUUUUCUCAGUUUCACUCGCCUUGUCUCAGAAUUCAGAAAUAGAAAUGGCAGGACCCGGAAAAUGCUUCCUAGUAACGGGCCCUCCGGGAGUAGGCAAAACCACUCUGAUAAUGAGAGUUUUCGAAAGCCUCAGAGUCUCAAAACCCAGCUUAAAGGUUCAGGGUUUCUAUACUCGAGAAAUUAGACAAGGAGGUGAAAGAGUUGGAUUCGAAGUUGUUACAUUAGAUGGUCGUACAGGCCCACUUGCCUCCACCAUUGUUUCAAGCUCAGAGUCACACAGAUGGCCAACUGUUGGGAAAUACAGAGUCGAUGUAGCAUCGUUUGAGUCACUGGCAUUGCCGGAGUUGCAGGUCAGGGAAGAUACUGAUCUCUUUGUCAUUGACGAAGUUGGUAAAAUGGAAUUGUUUAGUUCAUCAUUCUUCCCUGCUGUUCUAAAAGUUUUGGAAUCAGAUAUACCACUUCUGGCUUCCAUUCCGAUUCCAAAAUCUGGCCGUGAUAUACCUGCAGUUGCGAGGUUGAAGAAUCAUCCAGGGGCAACCAUUUUUACACUGAGCCAAAGUAACAGGGAAGCUAUAAGAGAAAAUGUCUCUUCCCAGUUAGUAGAUGUACUAUCUAAACAUUAAUAUGCUGCAAAAUGAGCCCGACU